AUGCAAACAGACAAUACCUACACAGAACGACAAAACGCAGUUCAAAGCUUAGAACAGGCAUACAGUCGAUUUAACGAGGUGCGCAGUGGUUGUGAACAAGCACUAACAUUUUACAACGUGAUCUCGGGACAAAUUAAAGACCUUUUGAAUGAAUCGCUUAAAUUUGUCUACGAACGCCGUCAGCAAGGAGGCGACCUUGAACGAGUUUUUAAUUCAAAUACACCUGAAGUGGCUAUUAAUGACAUGGCUGCUCACCAGAGCCCUCUCCCAGCCCCCAAACCACACCAGCCUAAUACAUGGGAUCCUUCUAGAGGCAUUAAUUUUAAGUAA